UGCAACGUAACACGUGUUAGGUCGAGUACGUUUACUUGUAGAAAGAGAGAAGACGUAGUGGCUGUGGCUUCGCUGGCAACGCAACGAAUCUUCGUCGUCAUCUACCCAUUGUAGCAGCAUUAGCAGAAUACACGGAUUACGUAAUAUACACAAAAUUAUACAGUGACAAAAAUUGUGCAGCCAAGAUCCCAACCAUUCACGCCCGAAACAUAGAUCUUGAGAAAUUCAAGCGUUGCAACGGUGCAGAAGGGCUCUAUGUGCUCCACCGUGACUUGGGCGAAUGGUACUUUAGUUUCCAAGAGCUUGCUAUUGUGGUAUCGCGAGAGGUGCGUCCAGGCCUGUAAUCCGGGUGUGCAACAGCGACAAAAUGCUCAACGAGAUCAAGGCGGCGGUACUGUUCUUAGUAAAUCUGAUCGAAAAAAGCGAAAAAUUUAGUCCCGAUCAAUUGGAAUGCUUCAAGCGACACCUGGUCGAACUGCUGACGGAACGUUUCAAAAAUCACUGGUUUCCCGAUAAACCGUUUAAAGGCCAGGGCUAUCGUUGCAUUCGUGUCAAUGGCCACAAUCGUCGAGACGCAACCCUGGAAAGUGCUGCGAACGCGGCUGGUGUCAAGUACGAGGAUCUGGCAUUGCCGGUGGAAUUGACGCUGUGGGUUGAUCCCAACGAAGUCUGCUGUCGAUUUGGCGAGAGCAAGGGGUCGUAUUGUACGCUGGCAUCAUUCGAUGAUAAAGAAAACACCGUACCCAUUUUUCAAGCCGAGCAUAAUGAGAACAUAGAGAACGAGAAUAAGCCAGCUCACAUGGGGUCUAUCAAGAUACAAAAAUCCCCUCUAACCGCAAGUACAGAACAACAACAAUCGAAAUCAAAACCAUUAAGCAUCGCUAAUCAAAAUCAACAGCAUAGCAAUAACGGUACAGGUAAGAGACGCAACUUGAACAGUCCUAGGUUGCAUCUGAACAGAAAUCGUUCGUGGUUUGGCCAUUCCUUCAGUAUGGGUUACGGCCCUCAUCCAAUCAGCCAGCCAUGGUACAAUAUAAUGCCCCCACAUUUUCUCGGUGGUCCUUCUCCACCACCUUUUAUAGGACACCGAGGGAAUAAGUGGGUACAUCAACCUUCUUAUCCCGCAGGACCCGCCCGUUUUCACCAUUGGUCUCCCAAAGCUGCUCUUAAAGUAUAAAGAGAAUCGUUUUAAGAAAAUAGUUAAGAAACCUGUUUCUUCUUGGAAAAAAAACAAAAAA